UGCCCAUUCACAAGGAGUAUCUUAGUGAACAAGGAAAAGAAGCAACCACUGCAAGAUCAAAACGUGGAGUUCAGAAGGAACGUUUGGAUUUGGAUUUGUCUAAUGGAAUGUCGGUUACAUGUGGAGUGAAGCAACAGUAUUCAGUGUAAGCUUGUUCUUCAUGCUGACACCCAAACACGGUAUAAAAUGUGUGGCUCCAACAGUCAAUUGUGAAGAUCGCAGAAUAAACCCCAGCCUCUUCCUCACUUUGCUUUUCAUGAUGUAAAUGAACUCAGUCUCUGACCAAUGAGGAGCUGAACCAUGGACAGGCUAAAAGAAACUUUCUGGACUGUUUUGUUAAAUCAGUUAUUUCCUUCCUCCAUGGGAGCCUACUAACGGAUUAUAGCGGGAAGGCGAAAGAGGUGAAAGGGGACGAAAACACCUUGAACUGGAAAGCGAUCCUACAAUGAGAAUUACGAGCACAUCUUGUAUCUGCCCAGUCCUAGUUUGUCUCUGUUUUGUGCAGAGGUGUUGUGGAACUGCACACCAUGGCUCCAUCAAGGUGACCAGAAACCAAACCAAACAUAUAGAGGGGGAAACGGAAGUUCACCAUCGUCCCAAACGCGGAUGGGUUUGGAACCAGUUCUUUGUUUUAGAAGAGCACUUUGGACCAGAUCCUCAGUAUGUUGGAAAGCUGCAUUCCAAUUCUGACAAAGGUGAUGGAUCAGUCAAAUACAUCCUUACAGGUGAAGGGGCUGGGACUAUCUUUAUUAUUGACGACACGACGGGAGACAUCCAUUCAACCAAAAGCCUAGACCGAGAAAAGAAGACCCACUACGUGCUGCAUGCGCAAGCCAUCGACAGACGGACAAACAAGCCACUUGAACCUGAAUCGGAGUUUAUCAUUAAAGUACAAGACAUCAAUGACAACGCACCAAAAUUCACAGAUGGACCUUACAUCGUUACCGUGCCAGAGAUGUCUGAUAUGGGUACCUCAGUCCUUCAGGUGACAGCUACAGAUGCUGAUGACCCCACCUAUGGAAACAGUGCUCGGGUCGUGUACAGUAUUCUUCAGGGACAGCCAUAUUUCUCUGUUGACCCUAAAACAGGAGUCAUCAGGACAGCCUUGCAUAACAUGGACAGAGAAGCCAGAGAACAUUAUUCGGUUGUCAUUCAAGCCAAAGAUAUGGCAGGACAAGUUGGAGGGUUGUCUGGAUCAACCACAGUCAAUAUCACCCUCACCGAUGUGAACGACAACCCCCCCAGGUUCCCUCAGAAACAUUAUCAGCUGUAUGUUCCUGAGUCGGCACAAGUUGGUUCUGCAGUGGGCAAGAUCAAGGCUAAUGAUGCGGACAUGGGGUCAAAUGCAGACAUGAAAUACACAGUCAUAAAUGGGGAUGGCUCCGGAGUGUUUUCCAUAUCAACUGACAAAGAAACACGAGAAGGGAUUAUUUCCUUGAAGAAGCCACUGAACUAUGAAAAAAAGAAAUCCUAUACUCUUAAUAUAGAAGGAGCAAAUACCCACCUCGAUUUCCGCUUCUCACACUUAGGACCUUUUAAAGAUGUAACUAUGCUGAAGAUCAUUGUUGGGGACGUGGAUGAGCCUCCAUUGUUCACUUUGCCUUCCUAUGUCAUGGAUGUUUACGAAAAUGCCGAGAUUGGGACUGUGGUGGGCACAGUUACAGCGCAAGACCCAGACAGCGCGAACAAUGUUGUAAGAUAUUUCAUUGACCACAACGCAGAAGAAGAUAGGUAUUUCACCAUUGAUGCAAACACUGGGACCAUUAAAACAGCUAAGGUCUUCGACAGAGAAGAAACCCCUUGGUACAACAUAACAGUCACGGCUUCUGAAAUUGAAAGUCCUGGCCUCCUGAGCCAUGUUCCCGUUGGAAUAAAAAUUCUUGACGUCAAUGACAACCCUCCAGAGCUUGCUGGAGACUAUGAUGUAGUUGUCUGUGAGAAUGCAAAGCCUAACCAGGUUAUCCAGACUAUCAGUGCCACGGACAGAGAUGACUUUGCAAAUGGUCAAAGAUUCCACUUUUCUCUGGACAACAGUUUCCCUUUGAAUCCCAACUUUACGCUAAAGGACAAUGAAGAUAAUACAGCCAGUAUCCUGACUAGGCGGAGGAGAUUUAGUCGGACGACUCAGGAUGUGUAUUACCUUCCCGUGGUGAUCUCUGACGGAGGAAUCCCUUCUCUCAGCAGUAGCGCCACCCUUGUGAUACGAGUAUGUGCGUGUGAAAGAGAUGGGAGGGUGAGGACCUGCCAUGCAGAGGCAUUCCUCUCCUCUGCAGGAUUGAGUACGGGAGCCUUAAUUGCCAUUCUGCUGUGUGUCAUCAUUCUCCUGGCAAUAGUGGUCCUUUUCAUCACACUAAGACGCAGCAAAAAGGAGCCUCUGAUUAUUUCGGAGGAGGACGUUCGGGAAAAUGUUGUUACCUAUGAUGAUGAAGGAGGAGGUGAGGAGGACACUGAAGCUUUUGACAUCACUGCCCUGCGGAACCCAUCAGCUGCUGAGGAACUGAAGUAUCGGAGGGAUGUGCGGCCUGAAGUGAAACCCACCCCCAAGCAUCCCACUUCAUCCUGUCUUGACAGUAUAGAUGUUCAGGAAUUUAUUAAGCAAAGACUGGUAGAAGCAGACCUCGAUCCUAGUGUGCCCCCAUAUGAUUCCCUACAGACUUACGCAUAUGAGGGUCAAAGGUCAGAAGCUGGAUCUAUCAGCUCCUUGGAUUCAGCCACUACACAUUCUGACCAGGAUUAUAAUUACCUUGGUGACUGGGGACCAGAGUUUAAGAAGCUAGCUGAACUUUAUGGAGAAAUAGAAUCUGAAAGAACAACUUAAAUUAUCGUUAUCAUUCCUCAAAUACGGAACAUUUUAGUUCCCCAAGCAACUUGGAGACAUAACGACAGCAGUGGUUUAACAGCAAACAAUCUUUAUCUGAAUAUAUUAUAGAAAUACAGUACUUGGAGCAAACUGAUGUACACAGUUACUGUAGAAACAAGUGCCCUUUUCACAUUUGAAACUGGGUUCUUCAAUUGGAAGAAAGUCAAAUUUGGAAGAAGAAGAAGAAAAAUAUAUGCCCCAAAGGAAAAGAUUGUCCCUUUGUGUAUAUUUUUAAUUGCUCAAUAAAGUCUGUGGUGCAGUAUCAGUAACGAUACCCUAAGUAACCCAAGCAAUGGCCAAUAUUACUUUAAUAUCCCUAAAUAUACCCAGAGCUACAGUGAAUCUAUAGUGAUGCCUACUUGUGAGAAGAACAAAUUUUAUUUGGAUAGUUGAAAUAAUAUGUCUAGCUCUGUUUAUAAGUUUGGAGGCGUUAAGGUAAUGAUGGGGAGAGGUCACUUGCUUCUGUUGUAAUACAUCCCAGGAAUACUGCUUCUUUCAGAAGGGUGUAAUGGAAUUACUCAGUUAAGUGCCAUUUUAGUGUCUGCCCAUACUAACACCCAUCUGAAUUUUAUUUACAUGCCAACAUCUAUUGGGGGUGACACAUUUCAGUGGGCCAAUCCUAACCUUCUCAUCCAUGGAGAGCUAAUGGACCAAGCAUUCUAUUGAAACAACCUCAUAAUUCCACCCUCCCACUGCCAGAACUUUGCUGUUACUGAAUGGUAUCGAAGCUGUUGCUUCCAUUUUUAUUGUUA